AUGGAUUCAGAGGAGAGAAAACAAAAGCUUAGCAGAGCUUCAGACACAGCAGAUGCCUCUCUCUCAAAGAUGGAUCGAAGGAAUAAGAAAAAGCAAAAACUCAGCAAAUCACAAGUAAUCGCAAGUCCCUCUCUCUCAAAGAAGGAGUUGCAAAAAGCGAUGAAGAAGCAAAACGCCGCCGCUUUGGACCUUACGCGUAAAGUAAUCAUUACCGAAGCACGUCACUCUAACUUCGUCUUCUCUCCGACGUCAAUCAGCGCUGCGCUCACAAUGAUGGCUGCCGGUAACGGCUCCGGCUCCGACAAGCUUAACGCCGUCUACAGCGAGAUCGCUACCGUCGUUUUUGCUGACGGAAGUGCCAGCGGGAGCCCCAAAAUCUCGAUGGUAAACGGCGUUUGGGUGGAGCAAUCACUCCCGGUUGAUCAGUCGUUGAAGGAUCAAUUUGAGAAUGUCUUCAAGGCUACUUUCACUCAAGUUGAUUUCAUAUCCAAGGCUGAGGAAGUGCGUAUAGAGGUGAAUAAAUGGGCUUCAGAGCACACCAAUGGUCUCAUCAAAGAUAUUCUUCCUCCUGGAUCCGUUGAUUCUCAAACCCAACAGGUUUAUGGAAACGCAUUGUACUUCAAAGGAGCCUGGAAAGACCAAUUCGAAAAGUCUUUGACAAAAGUAAAGAAGUUUCACCUUCUCAACGGCAAACAAGUACGUGCUCCUUUCAUGGACAGAAGCUAUGAAAGACAAUACAUUACAGCUUACAAGGGUUUCAAGGUCCUCGGACUACCAUACCGACAAGGCCGUGAUGGUGGUACGGACAGGAAAUUCUCAAUGUAUUUCUAUCUUCCGGACAAGAAAGAUGGGUUGGACAAUCUUCUUGAGGAAAUGACAUCAACUCCUGGAUUCUUGGAUAGUCAUAUUCCCAAGAAAAAAGUGUUUGUUGGGGAUUUCAGAAUCCCAAAGUUUAAGUUCUCUUUCGGAUUUGAGACUUCAAGGGCUUUCGAGGGACAGGAUAAAGUGUUGAUGUACCAUAAAGCUUGUGUCGAGAUUGAUGAACAAGGCACUGAAGCUGCGGCUGCCACUUGUUUAAGUAUUGGUGGAGUUCCGAAGAUGAUAAACUUUGUGGCUGAUCAUCCAUUUCUUUUCUUGAUUAGAGAAGACAUAACCGGAACCGUUUUGUUCGCUGGUCAAAUCUAUGAUCCUAGCAUCACAUGUAGGUGGUAUUGGGGAUAA